UGUUCACGCGCAUCACGCUGGAUCGGGUCCACACUUCGCGUGCCGCGGGGCAGAGGUGGACGUGAAGCGGAGCGGCGGCGGUGUGGUCACGGCCGGACAGACCGACCUGUGCCUCCUCGUUACCCGGAACCAUUAUGCAGACAGGAAACUACCAUUUUAACGCCAGCAGCAGCAGCAGCAGCAGCAUCGGAGGAGCCGUCGUCUUCACGGGGGGACACCGACACCUCAACCCGACGCGGGCCGGAGAGCAGCCAGCAGCGGCCAGACGAGGGCAGACGCUCGACGACGGAAACAAAACAAAGGCGCCGCUCGGGUGAAGACGAGCCGCGGGCCGGAGGGCGAGCGAGCGAGGGAGGGAGCGAGGGAGGGAGGGAGCGGGCGGGCGGGCGGCCGACGGCGGCGCCAGACAAUGGACGCGUCGGGCCGGGCCAGCGGAAGCAGUGAGUGUUAGAGCCAGCAGCCUCCCGGGCCGAUGGAGCGUCAGGCCCUUCUCGGUGUUUUUCCAUGGAUGAAGGAGAGAGGCCCCGCGGACAGGCGGUAGCAGGGUCCCCGCUCCCUCGGCGCACCCCCCCCUCGGUGUCUCCACACGUCCACCGCCGUGUCGCUGACGUCUGUGUCCGCUCCUCGGAUGUUUCAAGCGGGAGCUCGGCAGGUGAUUGAUGGAUGCUAGCUGAGCCCCGAGGGUCAUUCGCUCCUCCGUCUCACGGCGCGUCUCUUUCAGACUGUCCGCCUGAAGUCACCGGUUGUCGGCGGACACAGCGGGAGUCGGUCCUCCUCCUCCCGGACACACCGGAGGCUCCAGACCUGCGGAUCGGCCGAGGAUCUCCAUGACGGGACAGACGGGGCUGUGAGGCGAUGGUUCUUCCUCCACUGAAAUAACGGACACACGCUGCCGAGCUGUUUUUUUAGUUUUUUUUUACAUAAAUCGCUUAUGGAACACUAAAAAAGAAACACACCGAUUCAGUUUUUUUUAGUAAAGUUUAGUAUUAUUGGCUAUUUAUGAACCUUUUUUUAUAUAACAACCCACAGAAGCACUUGAAGGCUUCACACUCUUCAAUGGAGAGAAACUCUCCUGUGAUAUUUAUGUAAGGAAAUCGAGCAUAGACUUUUGCUGGAUUACUUUUUGGGGUAGAAAUCCCGACAGGACUACCUCUGACAAAAAAAAACCUUAUUAGUUUAAGGGUUCACUGCUGUUUCCAGCCGACACAGACUAAGUGCGUGGGGUAGUUGUCGCCCUGGGACACUUUGCUCCGGCUGCGUUGGGGAGAUGUUCCAAUUCAGCAAGUACCCCAUGGACAUUUUAGAAAUGCUAAGUGGACACCAAGCCCAUCAGUUCAAGGGCCUCGGACUAGAGCGGCAACUGAGCCACCAGCAGCAGGUGCAGCUGCAGCACCAGCAGCAGCUGCAGCAGCAGCACCAGCCCUCGGCCGAUGGCUCCGGGAGCCUCCUGUCUGGCCUCGGCCUCGGCUCGCUGCAGAGCUCGCGGAGCAACGCCUUCGCCGACUCCUCCUCGUUGUUCGCCAAAAUGAGCGCCCCGCCCCCAUCCAUCUCCCACCAGAGCCACUCGUCCUCGUCGUCUCAUAGCUCCCGCAAGUCGAGUAAGAUGAGCAGCGGCAGUGGGGGCUCAUCGGCAGGCUACGCCCAGUUCCUGCGGCCUUUCCACCCGGCCGAGGCGGCGCUGGCUCAGGAGCAGCUCCACUCUGGGAUGGGGCGUUUUGACUUUGGCGGCAGCAGCGGUGGAGGCGGCGCUGGGGUCAUCGGGGGAGUCGUCACACCUGCGCCCCCGCCUCCGCCGCUGCAUCCGGGUCUCUCUGUCCCCCAGCCCUCCUCUGGUCCCUCGUCUUCCUCGCCCUCUACCUCCACCUCUGCGUCAGUCUCCAACAACCCCUCUGGCAGCACUGCGGUCCCUUUGGUCGGCCAGUCGGAUCCCCGCAGCCUCCACCAGCAGUUCAGCUGCAUGCUCGCCGCCAACCAGUACUUCCUGUCCGGAGUCCCCACCAACAGCAGCCUGGAGCAGUUCCUCGUCCAGCAGGGCACUCACAACCACCUGGGCCUGGGCCUCAGCCAAGGAUCAGCCGAGUCAAACUCGGCCCUUGCGCCUCCUCCCGCCCUCCACUCCUCCCACAGCCACGGCCACUCGGCUCCACAGCCCCAGCAGCAACAGCAGCAGCUGACCCCUCACGCCUUAUCUCAUCCACACAGCCACACCCACCACCCGCACCCUCUCCACCCGGCCCCCCAGCCUGCCCCACUGGGUGGCUUUGAUUUUCAAGGUAUUCCGGUCCUCUCCUCCAACCAGAUAGCAUCGCUAAUGCAGCAGGAGGCUGGCCUCCCCCUCCCCCUCCCUCUCCACCUGUCCCUCUCUAAAGACGACGCCUCAAAGUCGGGAGACAGCUCAACAUCCAACUCGAGUGGAGGAAGCAGGAGGAAGAAGGCGAUGGCGGGCUACCUGCCUCAGAGGAAAUCGGAGCCGAGCGGCCCGAGUCACAACAGCAGCUCGAGUGGGCACAGUCAGAGUUCCUCGUCGGGCCUCGUGGGCGGGGGAUCCGGGGGUGUCGGGAUAAGUGGCAUCAGAAGCGAUUCCCAGCAUUCCUCUCUCCUCUCGCCGUCCUCGCAACAGUCUUCCUCCACCGUCUCCUCCUCUUCGUCCGCCCCGCCUUCCUCAAACUCCACCUCCGUGCUCGUAGCCAACGGUAGCCAGCAGUUGUCCAAAUCAAGAGAACGUCACAGUAACAGUUCGUCUGGCCAGCCCGAACCAGAACCGCUGUACCACUGUGGUGAGUGUGGUAAAACCUUCACCCACCUCUCCAGCCUUCGACGGCAUCUCCGCAGCCACGGCUUGACGCCGGAGAGCCAGGGCCGCAAGUCGGACUGUAACUCCCCGAGCCCCGAGAGGAUAUUCUGCUGUGGAGAGUGUGGGAAGAAGUUCAAGAAGAGGGGUCACCUCAUCCAGCACAGUGUCACCCACUCGGAGAACAGACCGUUUGUCUGCACCAUCUGCCAGAAGUCCUUCAAUCGCCGCGAGUCCCUCACGAGACACGAGAAGAUCCACGACGAGAAGCCCUUCCGCUGCCCCGCAUGUGGCCGGUGUUUCCGCGAGAGCACCUCUCUUCUCAACCACGCUGCCUCGGGCGCCUGUGGCAAACCUCCCCGGAGUUCAAAAAACCAGGACAGUGGUGGCGGCGGCGGGUCGUCCAACCCGAGCAGCAGUAAAAUGGGGAGCGGCGGUGACAGAGUGGGCAUUUCAAACAACGGGUCGGCGAUGGCCAAUGACAAGUACGCAACGGAUUAUUCCAGAAAUCGCUACCAGAACCAGCCACCCUACAACAGUGGGGUCGAUGUCUACAGGCGGUCGCAGUCGUCAUCUCUGUACUCGGGCAGUGCGCUCGCCGGUGACAUGAACAGCCAGACUCUCCGCAAGGCCCCUUUAGCGCCGACUCUUCAUCCCCACCCUCAGAGUCAGCAGCCUCACCCACACCACCAACAGCCACAACCGCAGCCACACCUCCCCCUGUCCUCUCUACUGGACGACUCUGAGGACGAGGUCACCAGCAGUGCAAUGUCAGCCAUCGCCGCCGCAGCCGCGGCCUCCUGCGACAUAAACAACGAGGGUCGGGAAGGAGAGCGGAGGGAUAUCAUCGGUGGUCUGCUGGGGGGGUUGGGGUUUGGUAACAUGGGUGGACCGUCGUCCACGUCCGGCCUCAACGGUUCCACGAUGCCUCUGACCCACCCCAGCCACCCCCACACGAAGCCCCGGAGGCCGAGGAAGCCCCGGGAAAAAAGGGACCCGAACCACAUCAUGAGGAGGCGGAGGAGCCCCGCGCCGCCGGGCGACGGCUCCGAGAGGCCGUACGGAUGUCAGAUUUGCUGUAAGCGCUUCAGACGGGCGGAGACCCUGCGGCGCCACACCCGUGUUCACACGGGGGAGAAGCCUCACACCUGCGACUUGUGUGGCAAAAUGUUCCGCGAGCCUUUCCACCUCACCAAGCAUCUGACCGUGCACUCGGGUCAAAAGAACUACAAAUGCAAUCUGUGCGGGAAGAUGUUUGCCUAUGCCCAGAGCCUGGUGAGACACGGGAAGCUGCACAGGAAGGGGGAGAUCGACAACCAGGGGAGGAGAGUAAAGGGGGCUGCCGCCGCCGCAGCCGCCAUCAGUCAGGUUGCCAACGCGGGAAACGCUGACUACUUCUCGUCCUGCUCCCAGGGAGAAAAGUCUCCGACAUCCGGCACCCCCUCCCAGAGGCUGUACACCUGCACGGUGUGCUGGAAAUCAUUCCGCCACUACUUCCACCUGACGGCUCACCAACAGACCGUCCACGGCGGCGGCGUGGGGCUGGAGAAAUCCUUUCGUUGUGAAGUAUGUGGCAAAGCCUUUGCCUACUCCAACAGCUUAGUGCGGCACAAGCUGUCUCAGCACGGCAUCGACCGCAACGGACAGCGCGUCAACCAGUCGCAGCCCACCGGAUACUCGCCCCUCUUCUACGAUUCAGGAUCAGGUCCCAACUACACCGGGUCGUCUCACAUGCAGCAGGGGGCGUCCGGGCAGCAGCAACAAACACAACAACAACAGCAUCCGCAGCAACAGCAGCUGCAGCUGCAGCACCCUUUUCACUACCGCCCAAAAAACUUCCAAAAGCGUCAAGGACAGACAAGAAAGCACCGAAAGAAAAAAAGGCGAGUGUUGAUCCACAGCAUAAUGAGAGACGGAAAGCUGGUGGGCGUCCCGCUGAGUAAGGACACUCGCAAGAAGCUGCUGAUCCUGCGUAAGCGCCGCGGCCGACUGCAGGCCCAGAUCAAGAAGAAGAAGCUCCUGGCCCAGCUGAGGAUGAAGGGCGGCAUCAUGAGGGUGAAGUCGUGGAGUGGUGGCGCAGUCAAGGUCACCGGGCUCACCUCCAUGGACGUCCCGAUAAAGCGCUUCCCCUGCCCCAUCUGCCCCAGCACCACGUACGCCAUGCACGGCCCUCUGCUGGUGCACCACGCCGUCAGGCACCCGCCCAGGAACUCCGGCCGCCACGCCCGGCUGCGGUGCCUGGUGUGCGGCAGACGCAGCAGCUCGUUGCACAAGGCCUUGAAGCACCGGGGCCGGCAUCUCAAACAGGCCGCCUUCCGGUGCCACAAAUGCCGACACCGCUUCUGGAACCCAGUGCUCCUAGCCCGCCACAAGUUCUCCUGUCGGGGGCCGACGGCCGGCAGCGGCACCUGGGAACUGAUGAAGACGAAAUCUCCGUCGUCCGACGACCAGUCGGAAGGUGACCCCUCGCCGGUCCAGCUCGCAGCCCCGCUGACGGCCCCGCUGACGGCCCCAGUUCUGGUGCAGCCAGAGCGAUCAACGGUUCUGACUGAGUACAGUCAGUAAAAAACUAAAAAAACACAAAAAAACAGUUUUUCUAGAAUAGAUUGUUUUGAUGUUUUAUUUUUCUUAAAUAAUCCAAGAAGCAGCAAAGUUUUUAACAAAAAAAGGAGAACAGGGAGGGUUUAGUGUAACUGCCAUAACGUCCCCACAGAUUAUAAUCUGCACACGAUCCCGGCGUGCUGCAGCAGAGGUGGUCACUGAAUUACACGUGGACUUCAAAAAGACCCACAAUCAGAACCACUCUUGGUAAAACGCUGAUGAUUUUUAGUAGAAAAUCUGUUUUGACGUAAAAAUGCAUUCAUCCACUUUUCCUUUUUCCGUCAUGUACGUUUUUUUUUAAGUAUGAAAUUGUCCCCACUAGCAGUGUUUCCACGUAAAAAAAAUAUGGAUUUGGAUUCCCCGCUGUUAGAAGUGAGGUGCCAGUUUUUAUUUUUUAACAAAUUAUUCACAGUAUAAACGAUGUCGUCCUCGUCUCCUGCUCUGUACGUUUGUUUCCCCACAAGUGGAGAAUCUCUCCUUUUUCUUUUUAAUACGGAGAUGAAACGAGCCCUUUGAGAUAAAUUCACCUUUUAAAGAAAAUACAAAUCCUGACUCGACUAAACGUUCUAAUCUGUCACGACAGACAGAACUAGUCAAUGUGCUAUCGUGACCGGAAAAGGGAGAAAGCAAAAAAACAGAGUUAAAGACGAAACCGGUGAAGUGUUGGUGACCUUGUUUUUAAAUGUACACUGCGUUUGUCAUUUAAAAAAAAAAAAAAAGAACAAAAAAAAAAAGAAGAGGCGUAGAUGACGACGAGGAAGCAAAACGUGUUAAUGUGUUCAGGAUUUGAAAAGGACAACAGAAAUAACCAGAGUGUACUUGUACAAUUCGUAUUAUAUUUUAUUAUAUAUUGAUUAUUUGCUGUUUAUUUUUAGUUUUUUACUCCAAGUAUCAUUUCUUUUAUCCUUGUUGGUAUUGUACGGGUGGGAGGGAACGAGUCGGGGGUAAUCUUUGUAAAACAGCGGGAUGAGUAUAUGUAUCGAUGUGAUUUUUUUUUUUCCUCUCCUCCUCCCUUCCCCCCUCAUUGCCGCAGUUAUGCCCAGUUUUUUGUAACAAAAGCGUGUACACAUAGUUCAUUACUUAGGUCCUGUCCAGACGUGUUCUUCUUUUUCUUUUCUUUUUUUAUUUCCUGUAAAACUAAAACAUGUAAUAUUAUUACUAAAUUACUAUCCUUUUUCUUUUGCCUAAAAAGUGAGUUGUUGAAAACCCUCAAAUCAAAUAAAAAAAAAAAUCUGAAAUGUUA